AUGUCCGCCCUCUCUGUAUAUACCGACUCGCGUUUGUCGCUACCACCGCUUGACGCAUCUGCGGACUCGCCCGCGGACUCGCUUGAUACGCCGUUCCCUCUCACACCCGCUGAUCCGUUCGUACCGUCUUGGGCCCCUCCUCGCAUUGUGGGCUCCGAAGUCUCCAUCGCUCGCAUAGCGAAAUGUAACGCGCACGACCCAGAAAAUGACGACUGGCCAUCCGACGUCCCUCUGCAUAUGAUCAACGUCUUUCGUGUCUUCGCUACGAGGGUUGACGCGGAUGAGGAACCUGCCCUCGAUGCAAACCUCAAGCGUAAAGCAGAGGAGGCUUUCGUGGACGUUGAGCAUCCCAAAAAGCGUCGUCCCGAUGCUGAACACGCCGUACCGUUCCCGGCCGUCGGGCCGCUUCCGAUAUUCAAACACAAGUUUCAGCUCGCGAUCUUGUCCAACGAAAACGCUGGCAGUGGACUGUCUGGAGAAGACGACGCAUCGAUCACGCGCGAUGCUUGCUCUGCGUACACCUUCGAGUCCGACUCUGGCUCUGAGAUCGAUGAGUCUUCGUCUCCUUGCCUUACGCUCAGCGAGGCCGACCCCUCCUUCGAGCAUUACUAUCCUCGGUUGCACGCGCGUGGCGACGAAGUGCCUACCGUGGUUCAACCUCAGCUGCCAGUUCAACAGCCGUUGCUGUACCAGUAUGCGCCUGCUCUUGCUGCCCCCUUCAUGGACGCGCAAGCCCCGUCCGCCGACACGUACCCGAGCUAUAUUGGCGGCUAUUCGUCGGACGUCUCGUCCUAUGCGAUGCCGACUCCGCAUCGCGUUGCGCCGACACAGCCUAGUUUCCUGGGCGAUAUCCCAACAGACGUGCUGUCUUCUUCGCAACCCAUCACGCGGCGGAGCAGCGAAGGCGACAUCUGCGCGCCUGUCUCUGGAUCAGCAGUUUACGAUGCUCGUCACUCUCUGGCCCAACAUCAACAACCACAGGCCGCCGCCUACCAGCACCAGCACCGGUACCAGCCGCAGCCAUAUGUGGAUCAUCGCCAGGUGUACUGGACGCCUCCACCCCAGCCUGCUUAUCACUACGCUCACUAUCACCAUGCAAUGCCGCAUACUGGUCCGGUCUUGCUCCAACACUUCGCGCAUGAACCGCUACACGGCUCGCACCCAGAUGCGUCGGCACAGUCUUUCUCGUACUCCACCGCAACGCUUUUGCCCACGAGCCAUGAAGCGCCCGCUCCGUUGCCUACAUCGCAUCAAACUCCCCUUCCGGCGACGGCUGCAUCACCGCCCACCAUAGAUUAUCAGCGCGCCCUCAUCAUCAUGGACGAUCGCGUUGUGUACGCAUGCCAUCUUUGCGAGCGCACGUUUGACUUGCCCAAUGGCCUUGGAUUACAUCUGCGGUGGCACCAGCGGAUGGAUGAAAGCGAGCGCGCGGAGCGUAGAGUGAUCGAGGAACAAGUCCGGCGCGCGUAUCAAGGGGCGCAGGGGCAUCAGCCAGGGCCUUACAUCUUAUCCACGGCGAAUGUGUCGACGUACUACGAUGGGUCUAUGGCUCAUGUACCGCACGGUCAAUUCUCGAUUCAUGGGUGGCCCGCUCAGCCUCAGCUCAACGCCGGCUCUGCUGCUGAAGGUGCAUAUGUCGCGUCGAUGCAGACGCACCAAUUUGACCAUGCCAAUACGGCCCGCGGUACGGCUCAGGCUGCUUAUUGCGAAGCCCAAAAGCCCUAUGAUCCGGCCUAUCAUACUCUGAGAAACACUCACGCUGCACCGCUAUUAUCGUACGGCGCUUUGGCGGGCGCCGGGUGGCAUAGCAAGCGCGCGUGA